UGGCAAGGUUUCAUUCAAGAACAGGCCAAUAGAUUGCAAGCCUGAAUUACAAGUCAGUAGAAACGUUGUCAGUCAACGUCAAGCCACACGAUCUAUCAAUUUUUCUAUUGACAAGGGCCCCUGAAGCAACCAUGGCAACAUCAUAUUUAUUCCCUUGGUCAUCAAGGUGUCACAGACGACAGCAUGACAUCUGGAUUGUGCUGUCUCCACCCCGUUCGAGACCUGCAACGGAGCUGCCGCUGUCAAAGUCACAGUCAUUGAUGGUUCGUCGCACGAAGCCCCUCCAACGCAGCCUAAGUACAAAGUAUAUGUGAUGUAUCCACCUUGAAAACAAUAAAAAAAAAGAAGAAAAAGGAAUGUCGCCACCAUCCUGCAUGGGCUCGACCGGGCUCUGAAUUUCAUACAGGACUGGGUCGAACGCAUUGCGCCACUGAUCCGCACCGCCCCUGCAGAGAAGGAU